CACGUUUCCUCCUCCUCCUCCUCCACGAUAUCCACAGACGCAUUGUCGAAAAAGGCAGAAGAGAUGGAUGCGGUAGUGCCUACGGUUACUACACCACCGCCACCUCCGCCUCCACCUCCUCCAGCAAAAUCGUCGGCCAUGGUGGUUCAAAAGCUCGAGGAGUUACUGUCGAAGCUUAAUAAAGAAAUUAAAAUGAAAUCGGGCGUAGAGAACAUGCUCGAAGCGUAUUUUCAAAAGCCGGAUAAGAUUAAGGAAAAAAGGGAUCUAGAAGCCCAAUUAGAAGGAUACAACGCGGCCAUUGAGUCUUUGAAUCACCAAAUUGAACAGAUUAGAACCAACGAAGGCGCAGGCUUACCUGAGGUGGCCCUGAAACUGAGAGAACACAACUACACGGGCAACACUCCUUUUCCCGUAGCCUCUUCACAAAUCGCUUCUCGUUCUCGGGGGAAACCCAGAUCCAACAGCACCCCCAAUUUCAAAGCUAAACAGAAAGCCGCGCAAGAAAAUGUUUCGUUUCCUGACGAUGAUGCAUGGCCAUUGGGCAAACGCAUGCACCACAUUGUCCACCAUUUGAAAAUCGACGAAUGGAAAGCAGUCAAAGCGUCCAUUGUCACUGACGCCGUCACACUAAAAGAGUCGAAACUGGAGAAAUUAGAUACGCUUAUACGGAUAUUGAAGAAUACGACGGACAUUGAUGCCUACUAUCCAAAGAAAGAAUUGGUUGCAUGUCUUCGACAGUGUGUGGCGAGCCCCAACAGAGAAAUCCGCGUGGUGGCGAUCCGAGCUCUGCGUCAUUUGGUAGAUGAUGCGAGCGAUGUUGAACUUAUGAUGCAGGCACACAUGGACGUAUUUAUUAUUCGAGCAUUAGCACGCGAUUCGGAUAUUCAUGAACCUGAGCGGGAACAAAUCAUCAAACUGAUACGAGCGUUUAUCGAGUAUGGCGGCAUUCAGCACGUGCAUCAGGGCAUUGUACGAGCAAUUGUCGCGAUUGCCGAACAAACCGAUUCUCGUCUAAGGAACAUAUGUCUGGAAACGUUGGCCGAACUGACUGUGCUGGAUGUGGCAGUGACGGUUCGUGCGGGCGGUUUGCGGGUACUCAUGCAAGCACUGUUGGAUGGCACGUUAAACAUGGCGGAAUUGCUUGUGCAUGCGCUGGUUUAUGUUUUGGAUACCCCGAAUCGGCGUUGUUACCUGCGACCAGGUGUUGAACUGGAAACCAUCAUUGCACCGUUUACUGAAUCCAGCAAAGGCCCCAAUUAUGAAGAAAGAUUAAAGAACAGCGCCAAAGUGGUGACACUGCUGUUAAAAAGUUGGGCAGGCGUGUUUUACAUGUGUGCCAACGAUAUGCGCGCAGCCCGAUCCGUGGUUCAAGCGCUACGACUGCCUGUGCCUGAAACCCAGAAAAUGGUCCUGGACAUGUUCUUUGACAUUUUUCGGGUCAAGUUACCUCAGGAAUACAACAACUUUCUUUACGGUCGUCAACAUACGGUCCAAAUUGCACCUUCUCCCGAUACAGAAAUCAGCCAACCAAUGUACAAGCCGGGGCCUACUCUCGGCUUGACUACGACUGUGAGGAGCGAUUUGUCAUCGGUAGGCGCAUCGGCCAGCGACGGCGCCUAUAUCGGCAGCGGACGCACCACGGCUAGUAACUCGGAACGAUUGAAGAUGCUGGAUCAUCAUCUCAGCAUCAUCCUUAUUAUUUUCAUUGACUCGGAUAUUCUGAUGGCUCUAGUGGACAUGGUGAAAUCAGACGACAUUUAUCUUUCUCGAAAAGCGACCCUGUUGAUUGGCGAAAUAUUGCAGUUAUCGACGCGGCUGCUUCCCAUGCGCAUGGGGAUCCAAGUUCAAUCGCUACCUAAAUUGUUCGCGCUUGCUUCCAACUUUGACGACGAACAAGUGCGCCACAAUGCCACUGCCGCCCUCGCUCACAUUGACAAACUCACACGAGCACGCACACGGUACGCCAAUCAAGCGGCCACAGCGAAUAAAGGCCAACGGGCCGACAACGCCACACGGUCUCAGGAAAAAGUGCACGAAGUCAAGCUGAAAAUCGGAUACGCCAUCGAUGACAUUCAUUUCCGACAACUCUUGAUGGACAGUCAAGUCUUGAACACCAAAGAUUAUACCAAAUGGAGCUGGGACAGUAUAUUGGAAUUACUGCAGGGACCGCUUCUGAAUCCUCGGCGACUGGAGGAGGCUAUGCGGGGGAAAAAGUUUAUCAAACGUCUGCUGGCUUUUUAUCUUUUCAAUGCGACCAAGGCGAAUGUGGCUCGCUACGUGAAAACGGGCUGCACCCUCCUUUCGACGCUACUGAGUAAUCCCGACGGGAUACGGUACCUCAGCGAAAACAAACUGCUUGCGCAGGUGGCCGAAGCGUUGAAUGAACUGGAUCCACUCAACGGCGAUCCGGAAACGGAACCCAUCUUUUCGAAAGAGAGGAUGGAAAGUACGCUGAGUAGUGGCUACUUUACGCUUUUGGGCGUGUUUAGCAAAUACAAGGACGGGGUCCGGAUUAUGGAGAAAUUCAAGAUUUUCAGUUUAUUUUAUCAGUUGUCCGAAUUGCGAAAUCGCGACGAUCUCAAAAUGGCGAUUAUCACCAAUAUGGAUUACACCUUGGACGGCCAUCCGCGCGUCCUAUUGUCGAAAAUUAUGACGUCGGGAUACAAUCCGAUCCGACUCUUUGCUACCCAGUUCCUGGGCAUCAUUCUACAGCAAUCCGAAAGCGAAUGCAACGACUGGAUCAUCCGAUUACUCGUCACUCAACUAUACGAUACCCAUUUGGAUGUUUGCCAGAUGGCGGUGAACCUGCUGGAUGAAGCAUGCGAAAAGCCGGCCAACUUGGAACUGCUGGUGAAAUUCCGUCCCAGUUUGGGCCAUCUUGGCGAAAUUGGCAACCCUUUGCUGCUACGGUUUUUAUCAACAUCUACUGGAUUUCGAUACCUCAAUGAUUUGGGAUAUGUACAUAAGGAAAUGGACGAUUGGUUCGAAUUUCGAAAUCAGCAGUAUGUCACACAGUUGGAGCUUUCGCUGGCGAGAGCUUUGGUAAACACCCCUCACAAAAAGAGCGUCAAACCGUUUGAAGAACGUGUAGAUAGCGAAAAUGAUUUUGAAGUUCUUCAACCGGGAGACGGCUUAACUCCACCGCAUUUUUACGGCGAACUGACCAAAACCGAAGAAGGAUGCAGUCUGUUACGCGAAAAGGGACAUUUUCAACUGUUCGCCAAUUUUGUUCGCAACUAUUCGGUCAAGGAUCAUGAUGCAGGCAAUCUCCAGCGUCUCAAAGCGGUGUUGUGGGCCCUCGGUAAUAUCGGAGCCACCAAAAACGGACUGCCCUUUUUGGAACAAGAAGAAAUUGUGAAAGAUAUCGUCUACAUGGCGGAGAAUAGCGAGGUUUUAUCGUUGAAAGGGACAUGCUACUAUGUGUUGGGACUUAUUGCAAAAACCCAUCAGGGUAUCGAACUUCUCGGAGAAUUUGGAUGGGAGAGUAUGAUUGCGCCUAAUGGGGAAGCGGAAGGGCUCUGCGUGCCAUUGAAUCUUCGUGACUUUUUAAGCAUCCGUAACUGGAAAUAUACACCCGCACUGUCCGAUCCACCCCAACUACCAGCAACAGCGAAAAGCAAUGCCAUCGCAGUAGAGAUUCUGAAAAACACUGGAGAUAUGAGCAAUCACAUUCUGGCGAAUGAAGCAUCCAAAAAUCUGGCAAGGUUACGACAGAGAUACCCAGAUCACUUUAAACGAGUGGAUCUAUAUUAUUCCGUAUGCCAAUUGCUCGGCAGUUAUCAUUUCCGAUCCCCAGUACGCAAAUAUGUACUUGACAUUUUCGAGAUGCGGUUUACACCUGAACAGUUGCUAGUCCUCGAUGAGGUUGCUGGAUCUAUUGGAACCCCAGGCACCGGGGAAACCGCCAAUACGAAUGAAAAUCCAACCACGAAAGACGAGGCAAACGAGGAUGUAAAAAAGUCAAACUUAGGGCUGGAUCCCCAAGCAAAAGUGCAGCAGGAAAAACUAGAAGCAAGAAAAGUCCAAUUGGGUUUUCAGAUAAAGUAAAAAAAGCAGCAAUUCUUUUUAUACAAUAACGCUUAGUAUAAAUCUAUUGCUUCCUAUACCACUACCUAUCCAUCCCGUCUCACAGUACUGGACCUAGAAAGUCAUCGUAGAAUCAUCAUCCGACGUCCACUGCAUGUUUCUUGCAUGUUGAGAAUGCAAAAUCCUAUAUUCGUGCAUUACACUGCAAGCUUUUAUGAUGGCAUUCUUUUGUCAGCGACAAUAUCCUAGUUGUAUUAUUCAGAGGUUGACUUGCAUGAAAAGCAUAAAAUUUAUGCCUGAAAAGCAGAGAUCCCUGCUGGCAGAUACCAAACAUGCUACUGUAG